UCCUCUAUCUUCUUGGUAAAAAAGCAUAGAUUGGACGAUUUAUAUUCAUCAGAUCUGAAGCAGGGAGAAGUCAGAGACAACAGAAAGAAGUUUAUUCAAAAUGUCGAGCGAAAUCGACGAUAUUGACGAAGAUGAGCUUCUGCAGAUCGCCUUACAAGAGCAAGCGGAGAGAGAACUCAAUUACCGAAAACCCCAGGUUUCCAAGGCUUCCAAGCCAGUCGUUAAUCUCAUUCAGCGACCUCCGCCUCCUCCUCAACUCGCCAAGGAUCAGACAAGAGGUGCGCCGCCCAAAAAUACUAGCUCUAAUCCUGCUCAGGUCCAGAAAUCUCGUCGAGCUGUCGACGAUGACGAUGAUUCGGAUGUCGAGAUGCUCAGUAUCUCAUCCGGCGAUGAGGAUGACUCUAAGGACCUUGGUAACGCUGCAAAGAUUCGUGCUGCUGGCGGUGGUGGAAAGAGGAGAGAUGAUGCGAGUGAUCGGGGGUGGGAUGGUGACGAACCGUAUCGCUGGAAGCAAGUUGACGAGGCCGAGCUUGUCCGUAGGGUUCGUGAAAUGCGGGAAACAAGGACAGUACCUGUACCUCAAAACUUGGACCGGAAAGGUUCAGCGUUGGGUCAAAAAGGGCUUAACAAUGUACAUUCCUUCCCUCGAGGCAUGGAAUGUGUAGAUCCACUAGGCCUGGGGGUAAUAGAUAACAAGUCAUUGAGGUUGGUCACUGAGACUUCAGAAAGUUCCCCAGCCAAGCUUGAUAAGGAUUCUUUAGAUACUAGCACUCGUGAAAAAUUGAUGUAUUUCUCUGAGAAGUUUGAUGCAAAGCUAUUUCUAUCCCGAGUACAUCAAGAUACAAGUGGAGCAGACUUGGAGGCUGGUGCUCUUACAGUUAAAAGUGAUCUUAUAGGACGUACUCAGCAGAGAAAACAAUUAGUUAAAGAAAAUUUUGACUGUUUCGUCUCUUGCAAGACUACAAUUGAUGAUAUUGAAUCAAAAUUGAAGCGAAUAGAAGAAGAUCCUGAAGGAGCAGGAACUGCUCAUUUGUUUAACUGUAUACAAAGCGUCAGUUCACUGGCGCAUCGUGCUUUUGAGCCUCUUUUUGAGAGACAGGUUCAAACUGAGAAGAUCAGGUCUGUUCAAGGAAUGCUCCAGAGAUUCCGAACACUAUUCAAUUUGCCAAGUUCAAUACGUGGGAGCAUCAACAAGGGUGAAUAUGACUUGGCAGUCAGGGAAUACCGGAAAGCAAAGUCGAUUGUUCUGCCUUCCCAUGUGGGAAUACUAAAACGUGUUCUUGAGGAGGUGGAAAAACUGAUGCAUGAGUUCAAAGGCAUGCUUUACAAAUCCAUGGAAGAUCCACAAAUUGACCUAGCAGAUCUUGAAAACACUGUGAGACUGUUGUUGGAGCUGGAACCUGAGUCUGACCCUGUAUGGCAUUAUCUAAAUAUUCAGAAUAACAGGAUUCGAGGGUUGCUUGAAAGAUGCACCUUAGAUCAUGAAGCAAGGAUGGAAACUUUGCAUAAUGAGAUCCAUGAGAGAGCACUCUCUGAUGCAAGGUGGAGGCAGAUCCAGCAAGAUUCAAACAAAUCUCAUCAGUCAGAUGUCGACAGUUCCCUCCUUGGGGAUGCUCCUGUGCCAGUAGAUUCAGAAGUGGUGGACCUUAAUAGUGAAGAAGUGGAUGGUCUAAGAGGAAGGUAUAUCCGCAGGUUAACUAUGGUGCUUAUCUAUCAUAUACCUGCCUUCUGGAAAGUAGCACUUUCUGUAUUCAGUGGCAAGUUUGCGAAGUCAUCCCAUUCUUCUGCGGAAUUGAAUGUCAAAGCUUCUGUCAAUAAGCCUGAUGACAAAUGUGAUGUGAAGUACUCAAGUCAUUCUCUUGAUGAAGUUGCUGGAAUGCUACACAAUACAAUGUCGGCCUAUGAAGUCAAGGUCCAAAGCACUUUCCGUGAUCUUGAAGAAUCAAAUAUUCUACGCCCAUACAUGACUGAUGCCAUAAAGGAAAUAUCAAACGCAUGCCAAGCUAUUGAAGGAAAAGAGUCAGCUCCUCCGAGUGUUGUUACAAGUUUACGCACACUCCAUGCGGAGAUCAUAAAGAUCUACAUACUAAGGCUCUGCUCGUGGAUGCGGGCUACGACUGAAGAAAUAGCAAAAGAUGAAUCAUGGAUCCCUGUGUCGAUUCUUGAGAGAAACAAAUCCCCGUACACAAUAUCUUUCUUGCCUCUAUCUUUCCGCACAAUGAUGAGCUCUGCAAUGGAUCAGAUCGGUUUGAUGAUCCAGAGUCUAAGGAGUGAGGCUAUGAAAUCAGAUAACAUGUUUCUGCAACUUCAAGAAAUUCAAGAAUCUGUAAGGCUUGCAUUUCUGAACUGUUUUGUGGAUUUUGCAGCUCAUCUCGAAUGUAUUGGAGGCGAAAUCUCUCUCAAUAAGUUGAAUCAAGAAACUUCACAUGUAGAAAAUGGAUAUUUUCAACCUCAAGCGAAAGCUCGUAGUCUUCACCCUGGCAAUGUUGUUUGUGAUCCUCAUCAAAAGCUAUUGAUAGUAUUAAGUAAUAUUGGAUACUGCAAAGAUGAGCUUUCACAUGAGUUGUACAACAAGUACACAUAUAUCUGGCUGCAGCCUAGGGAUAAAAAUGAAGGGGACAGUGAUAUACAAGAUUUGGUAAUGUCUUUCUCUGCGCUUGAAGAGAAGGUCCUGGCACAGUAUACUUUUGCAAAGGCAAAUUUGAUUAGGACAGCUGCAAUAGACUACCUAUUGGAUGCUGGAGUUCAAUGGGGAGGGGCACCUGCUGUCAAAGGUGUGCGAGAUGCAGCUGUGGAUUUACUGCACACUCUUGUAGCUGUGCAUGCAGAGGUUUUUUCUGGUGCUAAGCCCCUAUUGGAUAAGACACUGGGUAUUCUUGUGGAGGGUCUGAUUGAUACUUUCCUCAGCCUUCUCCAUGAAAACAAAUCCAAAGAUCUGAAGUCUCUAGAUGCAAAUGGUUUCUGUCAGCUUAUGCUUGAGCUUGAAUAUUUUGAAACCAUAUUGAAUCCUUAUUUUACACCUGAAGCAAGUGAGUCUCUAAAAUCUCUACAAGGAGUUCUGUUGGAGAAGGCCUCUGAGAGUGUGACCGAGUCUUCUGAGAAUCCAGGACAUCAUCGUCGGCCAACACGUGGGAGUGAAGAUGCAAUUUUAGAUGAAAGACAGCAAGGAAUGACUGUGUCACCAGAUGACCUAAUAGCUCUUGCCCAGCAGUAUAGCUCUGAGUUGCUUCAAGCAGAACUUGAGAGGACUCGCAUCAACACAGCCUGCUUUGCAGAGUCAAUUCCAUUGGACUCAGUCCCUGAACCAGCGAAAGCGGCUUAUGCUUCCUUUAGGGGAUCGAUGGAUUCACCAAGAAGUUUCAGUGCAGAGUCUGUUGAAUCCCCAAGUUACUCCCUGCAUAAGCGUAGAUGAUGUGGAAUUUUCUAGUAAUCUUUUUCCUCAUUAUGCCAAUGUAUUUUAUGUUGUAAUAAUAAUAAUUAAUGUUAUUAUUUAAAUUUUUUUUUAUUUUUUGGUUUAGCUCAUUCUUUCGGUGCUCUUGUUAUUCCCAGUGGAACUGCGUUGUCGAUGCGUAGAAGAGAAAUUUUCAAGCA